AGUCUUUGAUUUCACGGUGCGUGAGUGUGAUUUUGUGAUAGUACACUAAUUCUUAUUUCUAUAUUAUUUUUGUGAAAUAAGAUAACAAGACACAAAAUGGUUUCUCUGAACCCCAUUCGAAUUUUGAAAAAUGAAGCAGAAGAAGAGAAGGCCGAAGUUGCUCGUAUGUCGAGUUUUAUUGGAGCCAUUGCUAUUGGCGAUUUAGUAAAGAGUACUUUAGGCCCGAAAGGAAUGGAUAAAAUUUUGGUAUCUAGUGGUAGGAAUGCUGGCCAGGUAGAAGUUACAAAUGAUGGAGCAACUAUAUUAAAGUCUAUUGGAAUUGACAAUCCUGCUGCAAAAAUUUUAGUUGACAUGUCAAAGGUUCAAGAUGAUGAAGUUGGCGAUGGAACAACCUCUGUCACUGUAUUAGCUGCUGAACUACUGCGUGAGGCAGAGAAGUUGAUCGAGCAGAAGUUACACCCACAGACAAUUAUAGCUGGGUGGCGUUUAUCUGUAGAAGCUGCAAAGCAAGCCCUUGCAGAAGCGAGUUUUGAUCAUGAAAAAAAUUUUAAUAAGGCUGCGUUACGAGCUGAUCUAGAAAACAUUGCACGCACAACAUUGAGCUCAAAAAUUUUAUCCAAUCACAAAGAACAUUUUACAAAGUUGGCAGUUGAUGCUGUUCUGCGGCUUAAGGGUUCUGGCAACUUAAAGGCUAUUCAAAUUAUCAAAAUCUCUGGUGGGGUACUUGAAGAAUCAUUCCUGGAUGAAGGAUUUUUAUUAAAUAAAAAGGUGGGUUUACAUCAACCUAAACGCAUUGAGAAUGCUAAUAUUCUGAUUGCUAAUACACCUAUGGACACAGAUAAAAUUAAAGUGUUUGGCUCUACUAUCAAGGUAGAUUCUAUGGCCAAAAUUGCAGAACUUGAAGUAGCAGAGAAGGAAAAAAUGAAAGACAAAGUAAACAAGAUCUUGGCUCAUAAAUGCAAUGUUUUUAUUAAUAGACAACUUAUAUACAACUACCCUGAACAACUGUUUGCGGAUGCUGGGGUAAUGGCCAUUGAGCAUGCAGAUUUUGAUGGCAUUGAAAGACUUGCUCUUGUUACUGGUGGAGAGAUUGUUUCUACAUUUGAUACACCAGAAAAAGUCAAACUUGGACAUUGUAAGCUAAUUGAGCAGGUACUGAUUGGAGAUGAAUGUUUAAUUCGAUUUUCUGGCGUUGAGUUGGGUUCGGCUUGUACUAUAGUCAUUCGUGGUGCCACACAGCAAGUGAUUGAUGAGGCUGAGCGAUCAUUACAUGAUGCCCUAUGCGUGCUUGCUGCUACUGUUAAAGAGCCUAAAAUCAUUUAUGGUGGAGGUGCUAGUGAAAUGCUAAUGGCGGAGGCGGUUUCCCGUGUAGCGGCUCGUACGCCUGGAAAGGAGGCUGCGGCAGCCGAAGCUUUCGCUAUUGCUCUACGACGCCUGCCAUCGGCCGUAGCAGAUAACGCUGGCUACGAUAGCGCCGAUUUAAUCUCUAGGUUACGAGCCAGUCAUGCUCAGGGCGAAACCACAAUGGGCCUGGAUAUGGAAAACGGUUGUGUUGGUGAUAUGAAGACACUUGGUAUCACAGAAUCUUACGUGGUCAAGAGGCAGGUACUCUUGUCGGCUGCUGAAGCUGCCGAGGUGAUUCUACGCGUCGAUAACAUUCUGAAGGCAGCACCUCGCCGACGUGGACCAGACCGCCGUCCAUGCUAAUUUAAUAUGACUAUCAUAACUUAUUGUUAUAGAAAUUGAGCUAAGAAAUAAUGGCAGGUGUACUGUUAGCAUAUCUGAUGGCCAAUUUACUAUAAAAGUUGCAAAUCUUUAGUUAGUAAUUGAUUUCCACAUCAAUAUAAUCUUACUUUUGCAAAGAGAAGUUGUGGUAAGGCUUAAUUUUGUAUUAAGUCUUUACGGUUUUGUCGUCAAAGCUUAUUUCUUAACAACUUCUUUUUACAUUCGCUUUUAAUGUUUAUUUUAAUGUAUCUGGCAACAAAUAACUGACAACCUUUUAUCUCGAGGAAGAUUAUUAGAGAUAGAGUAUUAUGUUUAUUAGAUGCAGUAUCUUAAGAUUUAUUUUACAAGUAUAAACUCGUUAAUUCAUUGCCUUACUAGUGUUGCUAGCAAAAUUCACAUGUGUUGCUAAGACUAUUGUGCCCUAAUAUUUUAUCUAUAUUU